GCGUCUCCUGAAUCGGCGAAAUAAACAUUUCAAAAUGGAGCUCCACUCCAUAAGGCACUAAACAACACCCCAGUUUAUUUAUUAAAUUAAUAAUCGAGUGCAGAAUCAUGGCAAAAUCAGUGCUGAGCUCGGACUCUUUGCCAAAAGCUGGAAGAGUCAACGAGGUGUGUCGAGAGUGGCUGGUGCAUGAGGAUGGAGCCCUGGCAUAUCGAUUGCAGGAUGAAGAGAUCAAGGAGCAUUACACAGGGAAUAAAGUGCGUAAUGCCCAGGUGAGAGAGGAUUUGCCAAGGGCACGAGUGGAGCAGCAGCUGGAGGAAUUGAGAUAUCAUUCGCUGGUUCAGCAGCAGGAAGAACGAGACGCUAUGGUAGCUCGACAAGUUGCCCUGAAUCUCGAAAGAGAAGAGCGAGUGAAAGAACGAGAACUGCAAGAGAGAAUGAGACUUCAAUUGCGGCUGGAUGACGAAGCAGCACAGGUCGAAGCCGAGUUGGAAAUGCAGAGACGUCUUCAGGAAGAGAAAGAUCAAGAAUUAGCACGACAGCUCCAGGAAGAGGAGGAGCGAUCAGUGGACGCUAAUGACGGCCCGAUGGACGAUCAGCUGAUCCUGGACCAGAAGCUGGCGAUGGAGGCCCAGGACGCGGAACUGGCGCGAAUGCUCCAAGACAAAGAGAGAGCAAAAGCUAGACGAGCGAGGGAACGAGCGAGGCAGAAGAAACUAGAGCGCCAACAACAACAACAGCAGCAGCUGGAGGGUCAAACCGAGCUGGAGAGGCCCCAGAGACCUGACAAGCUGGACUUGAAGGUCUCCUACGAUAGAAAAUCGAGGAAUCCACCACAAUUUCCCGACCCUGAGGAGAUACAAGUGUUGGAGGAUCCCGAGGACAACCGAGAGGCCCCAAAUGUCGCUACAAUAAUCGACCCCACGUACGGGGGCCAUCGCAGCACCACCUCCAGCAGCUCCAGCAACACUGUCAGCCCUUCCUACGUUCUCCCAACUCCUCCACAGGAACUUAUGGAGGAUGCACCAUGUUACAUGCCCAUCCAGGGCCAGAGGCGCAUGCAGGCCCAGUCCAGGUCCCUCUCCCACGAAGAAAAACACAAACGCAGGGUUAAGGAUGGGUGCAAGCACCAGUAGGGUAAUGAUCUCAAGUAGUUUAGGGGGAAUUAGUGUAGGCGUUGUCCUCUCCCAUUCACUUAUUCACUUCCAGCUCACAUUCCAAUGACACGAAUGCCUUAGGACGGUGAGUAAUCGUUAAGAGAGUUUUAUUGGGAGUAUGUCCCUGGGGGAAUUCACGAAACAAAACGUCUCUCGAAUUUUUUAGCCAUUUUUCUCCAAAGUUUUUAAUGGGCGGUUCUAGGUCGAAAUGACACGAAAAAAAUUUCUCGAGAAAUUAAUUCUGUAUAAAAAAUGUAUCAUUAUACUUUUUCCUCCAGUCACUCGUUGUUGAGAUAAUUGAACUCGAGGGUUCUUCUAUUUUUUAUUUUCAAUGGUUGGAGUUUAGAAAUUUCAAAUACUGUAAUUACAAACUAUCAUUGUAUCUCGUUAAUGAGCGGCUCUAGGUGAAAAUGUAUUUUAUCUUUUUUAUAGCUGAUGAUAUUUCCUCGAAAUAAUGUUGAAAAAGUUUUUUUAUGAGACGAAUGGCUAUCGAGAUAAUCGAGGAUUCAUUGAGGUGUGAAUUUUCUUUAAACAAUUCGGAGACGUUUCCCUUGAAAUUAAUCACCCUCCCCCUCUCAUAAUUGAAGUAAUUCGAAGUUCAACGUGAGAUUGUUGCCAUAGUGCACUCCCCAACGGAGUUAUCUUGGAGAAAAGAAUAUGACGAUAAUAAUCAGAAUGUUUUGUGCCUUUUCACGAGGCAUUGUUUGCUAUACGAGUGCUCAACUUGAAUACACAACGGUAUCUGUAAUUUCAACGAACAUGUUGAGGGGAAAUCUGAAUAAUUUUAUUUUGUACGUAGUUACCACGGGAAAUUAAAUGCUUAUUUCGUCGUAAAAUCCCAGUAAAAAAAUCAAGUAUUGAGUAUUUUUACGUUGCGUAAUCGAUCCAUUAGUUUGUAAUGGCGUAAUCAGACUAUUUUAUACUAUUUCUUAUAAUCUACAUUGCAAUAUUUAUCGAAAAAAAAAAA